AAAAAAAAUCCACCCCACGCUUGGGUUCUCUCCUUUUAUUUUCCCUGGGUUAGCGAAUUUGGGGAUUAGGGUUUUAUCUGGAAAAUUUUCUUUUAACAAAAAAAUUCAAAGAUGAUCGAGGUGGUGUUGAACGAUCGUCUGGGGAAGAAAGUCCGCGUGAAGUGCAACGACGACGACACCAUCGGAGACCUUAAGAAGCUGGUGGCGGCGCAAACCGGAACCCGAGCCGACAAGAUCCGUAUCCAGAAAUGGUAUACGGUUUACAAGGAUCAUAUCACUCUCAAAGACUACGAGAUCCAUGAUGGUAUGGGCCUCGAACUUUACUACAAUUAAUUGAAAAAAGAUGAUCAUCGGCGCUUUUAUUUUAUGUAAUCUGUAUGGUCUUUGAUCGAACAAAAGCUGUAAAUUCCAUGCAUGAAUGUAAUAUAAUCGUGGAUGAUGGUAUUUACGUUUUGAAGUAUUGUUAAUGGAAUAAUAAGUUUAUGGAUUUGGGUUU